AUGAAUGACUUGAUCCGAGCUCGGGUAACCAGAGCGAAAGAGAGAUCACACAAGCCCCUCGACCGGAAAACGCUCCGCCAGAUUGCCAGAAAGGUCCAGGUAUUGGAUGAGGUCGACAAGCUGGGUGAUGAAUUUCUAGAGCUAAAGUACGCUCAUGUUGAGGAUCAUCUUACGCGAUGCGCCAAUAUCAUCAGAGGAUUCAGGGACCAGUACCACGGUCUCAUGUCAGCAAAUGUUAGGCAGUUGGAGGAUCGGUUCGCACAAAUACACAGGAACGGUCGUUAUCUGGAGGACGAGUACUGCAAAGUUGCAUUCCAUUCCAUUGGAUAUCUGAACAAGGAACUUUCACUGUCAGCUCGGAGAAUUGCGAAAAUGCAAUACGCGGUUUGUGCCCAGCUACUAGAAUAUUCCCAGGGGUCCAUUGACCAGCUUCAUCGUGAACUCAAUCAGGAGCACCUGGAAGCUCGGGAUUCUGCUAGGGCCAAUAUCGACCGUCUACUCGACUACGGAGAUGUGGUCAAUCAACAGUACACAAAAUUACAGGCCCAAAGUGCCGCGGUGAAAGCUGGACUUGACACGAUCAAGACGCUCAUGUUUCCUUUAUUAAAGAAAGAGCCUCGUUUCAAGGAUUUCAUUGAAGCCAAUGGGUCCCUUGCAGAGCAAUUCACUCUCGCGGCGCACCACUACCGUUGGAGAUGGCGCGCGCGCAAGAAAUUUGAAAACCCGCUCCACAAAGCAACAUUGCUUGAUAUUACAGACAUUUCCGACGAUUUCAAAAUGCCCUGGGAUACGAAUAUACCGUCUAAAGUCAUAUCUACUAUCAUGUUCAAUGACAAACGUGAUCGAGUAAACAAGGCCAUCAUGGAAAAACGUUACGUUUUGAUCGCCGAUCGUCUCCGGUGGCCAUACUUGAAGAAAUGGAGAGGGCAAAAGCCGAGCUGGUCCACGGAAUUAGACAAGUAUUGGCGGCAGCUCGAUGUCAUGGCCCCGUUUGAACUUUACCGGCUUCACCUCGCGCGAAUGCAAAAGGAAAUCUGGUACCUGGUCCCAACGCUUGUGGGCAAUUUCGGGCCUAUGUGGGACCAUCUUGAUGCACACUCCCGUGAAAUGCAUAUAGACCGGCUCAUGGACUGGUCAAGGACGUAUCGAAAUCAGCAAAAGGAGUUUUUGUCGGAGUUGGUGUCCUACAGAUACAUCAACUGGGUUCGACUCGAAGUGGAAGAGAAACUGUCCAAGCUGGGUAUGCCGAAUGAGAUUCAAGCAAGAGGAUUGUUCGUUCCCUCCAGGCCACUCAGUCAGGAUCAUGCACGCUUUCGCCGAUGGAUUCAUAUGAUGAGUUUUCUCAAUUACCGAAUUUGGACAACAAAUACAACCAUUCGAAUUUUGAAAGAGACCGGGGGCCCGAAGACCUGGCUGGAUUUGACGAAGAGAUUUCUUGAACUGGAUGCACAAAGAAAAUCUCAGGUUCAGGAUCUAGGUUGGGUGGAAGCCAGUCCGAGGAGGGCCAAACGCCGGAAAGGAAGAUCUUCGCGUCUCACGAAAGCGAAGCUCAAGGAAACGAAAUACGGCCAGGCCGUACACUCGACCACUACCAUGAAUUCUUCUACAAAACCGCCUACGGACCCUACCAGUAGCCUUUCCCAGGAGCCUUCAACAGGACUCCCCUCCAAACCCCAAAAGGUGCCUAUGAAGGAGGCGGGAAAGCGUCAAGCUUCAGUGACCGCAAAUGGCCCAUAUACUCGAACUCUCAGCUGGAAGCGAAGGCUGGCUCGAAGCAGGCUCGGGCCCACUGCCGCUUGGGAUUAUUUAGGCAAGGCAAAGGACACUCCAGCUCCGCCAGCACCAGUGGAUGUGAAGACACGGUUUCUCCAGGCGAUGUCUAUGCAGUCUAAACCGCGGCCUGACGAGACUUCUGACAAGCCCAAGACAGCGAAGAGCACCACAAUCCCAUCGUCAUCUCCAAGACCUAGUCGAUCAUCAAGUUGGCAAUCGAGUUCCUUCGGGGCAAAGUGGCAGUCUCGCGAGUCGGAAACCCCCAUGCAUGAUGUUUCUGCGAAGAAAACUCCUUUUUCAGCGGAAACCCCGCUCAAGAACAACAAGCGCAACUUCUGGGAACCCAAUCCCAUUCCCAAGUCCCAUGGGCCUUUCCCAAAGCCAAAGGGAAGACCGUACAGUACCGAUUCCACUGUGUCCCACAACGACAUCCAGGACUCCAAUCGUAUUGCUUUGCCUCAAGAGUCGCCGUGCCUUUCUGUCCGGCCAGGAGCAGAUCAAACCGGGAAGUUCCCACUCUCUGCAGAAGGCGCAUCCCACCAUGAGAUUGAGCCUACCUCGAAUGAGGAGGCCCCACUGUUCUGGAGCCACAAUGACCAGCGAGGUCCCAGCGGCCAGAGGCUCAUUGUGCACUACUGUAAAUCCCUGGAGAGCACCGAGGCCGUCGCAAAGCACUUUCUCGGGAGCAAGGUCAUUGGCUUCGACAUGGAGUGGAAAGCGCAGGCCUUUGCCACGGACAGCAUCCAAAAUAAUCUGUCGCUAAUCCAAAUCGCGAACGAAGAGCGUAUCGCACUCUUCCAGAUCGCCUUGUUUAAGCCCGCGCGCUCGCUGGAGGACUUAGUCGCGCCGUCGCUGAAGCAGAUCAUCGAAUCGCCUGAUAUCACCAAGGUGGGCGUCUCCAUCAAAGCGGACUCGACCAGGUUGCGCAAGUAUCUUGGCAUCGACGCCCGGUCUAUCUUUGAGCUGAGCCAUCUGUACAAAUUGAUUAAAUAUGGGCAGAGGCAGCCUAGACUUGUCAAUAAGAGGGGCGUGAACCUGAGCGAGCAGAUCGAGGAGCAUUUUGGGUUGCCGCUUGAGAAGAGCGAGGAUGUGCGGUGUGGCGAUUGGACGCGUUCGUUGAAUUACCGCCAGGUCCAAUAUGCCGCCACCGAUCCUUAUGCUUGUAUUUGUCUGUACAAUGUCAUGGAGCAAAAGAGGCAGGCCAUGAGCCCUGUCCCGCCUCGCCCGGCGUACGCGGAACUCAACUUGCCUAUUAUCUGCCCCGCUGACGAGACGGUGAUUAUUGAGGACCAGGAAGUUGUCACUGGAAUAGUUGACGGCGAUGUGGUUGAUCGUUCUUAG